UCCCUCCCUCUGAUCUCUUGUUCUACUUUGUUAAGGACAUGACCAAAAAUAAAGAAAGAAGGAUGUUUGGGGUUGUGUGCGUGGUAGACACAUCAAGUGUGAGAGAGUAUCUUUGGGGGAAGAGAGCGGUCAGCAGCAGCACGCUUUGCUUCUUGAGUUGAACAACCUCAGAGACCUAGCUUAGCUUAGCUUAGCGUAGCUAGCUCCACCCUUCCUUUCCUUUCGUUUUUUAAGAGGGCUCUGGUUGCGUGUGUACUCGUCCAUUUCUGUUUCCUGUUUUGGGGUCGGAAUCUCUCUCUCCUCUCUCUCUCUCUCUCUCUCUCUCUCUGGUUAUUGCUUCUCUCUCUCUUUUUAAUUUCUCUUGUGCCAUAAAUCACUCUCAAAACUGUUUUCACAACCCAAGUCUUAAAAGAGAGAAAGCACAAGAGAGAACCCACUCAAAAAGAAAAAGGCUUUGGCUAGAGAUAUCAAUCCCAUCCCUAUUAUAGCUUGAUUAGCUUCACAUAACCCUUUUGCUUUUGGUUGGUGUUCCAUUUGUUGUUUUCUUCCUCCAUCAUCUUUGUGGGGUUGUACAUUGGGUUCUCUUAUUUUUAUACGGGUUUCAGUCUUUGAGAUUUUUCUUCAAGCAAACUUUCUGGCAUCUCUUUCUCAUAAUAUCAAGGUCUUUGAGGUUUUGUCUUCUAAGUUUGGCUUCAAAGGUCUGAGCUUUGGUACUUGAAAGACUUGUCCAAGUGAAGUUCCUUCAUAUCUAUUUUCUGGUGUGAAAAGUGGAGGGUAAAUAAGAUUUUGAAUAUUUAUUAUCUGGGUCAUAUGCAAAAGAUGGAGGAGGCAUGUCCUCAACUUCUGGAUUUGAUUCCCAAAGAAAGAGAGUGGCUUGUGAGCAAAGAUGAGAGCCAUGGCUCUUCAGAAGAGAAGAAAUUGGAGCUAAGGCUUGGUCCUCCAGGUCAAGACUGGUCAAAUCUGAGAGACAACACCUCCAGAGGCCACAAAGAAAGAGAUGAGUCUCUUCUUUCUCUUGGGUACUUCUACAACAACAGCAGCAGCAAUGGAAACCAAACCCACCAUUUUGCUUCCUCAGAGAGAAAGACUGUUCUGCCCUCUCCAUGGUCUUCUUCUCCCUCAGGGUACCACCACAACCAGACAAAAGGUCCUUCCUUUCUUCAGUUCUCACCAAGCUCUCAGAGCCUGCCUGUCACCCAGAAGGCGUCACAUCCCUGUUGCACUAAAGCGGUAGACUUGCAGAGCGCAGAGAAGAAGAAAGCUUCUGCAAAUCCAGCUGUGACCAACAACACUUCUCAGAAAAGAACUGCUCCUGCUCCAGUCGUGGGUUGGCCUCCAAUUCGAUCUUUUCGGAAGAAUCUUGCGAGCACCAGCUCUUCAAAACCAGCACCUGAGUCACAAAAUGUAGCCCCUAGCAAGGUUUCUAAUGUUAAACCAGUCGAAACCAGCGGAAAAGGCAUGUUUGUGAAAAUCAAUAUGGAUGGAGUCCCCAUUGGACGAAAAGUAGACCUCAGUGCUUAUGCCAGCUACGAAAAGCUCUCCUCCGCUGUUGAUGAACUCUUCCGUGGGCUCCUUGCAGCUCAAAGAGAUUCUUGUGCUGGUGGAAUCAAGAACAAGAUAGAAGAAGAGAAAGAAAUUACAGGUUUAUUGGAUGGAAGUGGAGAAUAUACUCUCGUAUAUGAAGAUAAUGAGGGUGACAGGAUGCUUGUUGGGGAUGUCCCAUGGCACAUGUUUGUGUCUACUGUGAAGAGGUUGCGUGUGCUCAAGAGCUCUGAACUUUCUGCACUUAGUAUUCGCAGCGGUAAAGAACUGAAGAACUGAGGAGCUCUACUCUGGAGAACUGAAGUCUGUACCUAAUUUUGUGUUCCUACCUAAAGUUUUGGUAUUAUAAUUUCUCAGUGAAGAAGGGAAAGAGAGAGAGAGACAGAAGAAAGUACUAGCUGCAAUCAACUAAUGCGUACGAGUGGUUCCUUUUUGCUGAAAAAUCUUGUGGAAAAGGAGUAAAAAAAGACAAUGUUGUGAUGGUACAUUAUUCUAACUUCUAGUUUUGUGUAAGAAACCAACUUAAGCCCCACCCAUUGGUUUGGGUUUAUAAGGUGUCAAGCCAAGCACUGGUUGAUCUAUCUGUAUGUCAUUUUGAUUAUGCA